UGUGACUGUGGGGAUGGUGAGACAGUCAUGAGUGAAGAACCAGCUCGUGAUCCUGCUGCGAACUGGUAGUAAAGUAGACAAGAAGUGUUUGCAAGCUGGCGAUGGAAUAAUGACUGCUAGAGAAAGAUGCCACCUUAAGGGAAAGCGUUAUGUCUCAGCCUGCUUUGAUCCUCAAUAAAAGCCAGGUGACUAAAAGGCAUGGGAAGACCCCCUGAAGCAGUCUUCAAGAUGAACUUUGAUGGAGUGAAGAAAAAUCUUCAGAUUUCUCUUAUUUCCAGCUGCCCUUAAGGAAUAAUAAUAAUAAUACUGGAUUACCCCAGUGAGUGGAGUCCUCGGUGCUCUCUGAGCUUGGUUGCUUUCUUGCAGACAUUUCAUUACCUGACUAGCCGGCUGAUUGAGUAAAGAUUUUCAGAGAUCGACUGCUUCUUUUCGCUGGGUUUAAAAAACCCCUUUGCCUGAAAAGUCUCCUCGAACUUGGAAGGAAACGGUGUUCAUUUUUUAUCCAAGGGGGGGAAAAAUAUAUAUAUAUAUAUAUAUAUAUUGCAAGCAUCUCAUUUAGCUUGUGGACUUCCUUUGGAUCCAGUGAUGGUGAUGCUUCUGUGGCUACUCUUUUUGUUUGUGGACAUUUUGGGAUCCGGAGCUACUGAUGAAUCCUUGAGAACUGAAGUUCUUGAACUCAUGGAGGCAUCUCGGCUAAUCGAUGGACACAACGAUCUGCCCUUGAAAUUAAGAUGGUUUCACCAAAACAAGCUAAGCACAAUUGACUUGAAGAAACUCAGCAAUACCAACACCAACAUUGAGAAGCUUCAGGCUGGCCAUGUUGGGGUGCAGUUUUGGUCAGUCUACGUUCUCUGCAGUGCACAGGACAAAGACGCUGUGCGUUUGACACUAGAACAAAUUGAUGUGGUCAAACGGAUGUGUGAAGACUACAAAGAACUGGAACUGCUGACAUCUCCGGAGGGCAUUGAGAAUCUUAGCCACGAUAAGAUAGGAUGCUUGAUCGGCAUUGAAGGUGGUCACUCCAUGGACAGCAGUCUGGCCACCUUGAGGAUGUUCUAUGACCUGGGUGUCCGGUACAUGACUUUGACGCAUAUGUGCAACACUCCCUGGGCAGAAACUUCAACGAAAGGCAAAAAUAAUUUCUAUCCUGCUGUUAAAGGCUUGACUCCUUUUGGCAUCGAAGUGGUGAAGGAGAUGAAUCGCCUCGGGAUGAUGGUAGACCUAUCUCACACCUCUUAUGAGACAGCAAAAGACGUUCUUAGGGUCUCCAGAGCCCCUGUCAUUUUCAGCCAUUCUUCUGCCUACUCUGUCUGCCACCACCACAGGAAUGUUCAAGAUGACAUUCUCCUAAAGCUUAAAGAGAACCAUGGAAUUAUAAUGGUGACGUUCCCUGUGAAGUUUUUGGCUUGUGGAAAUAAGACAGUUAACAUUUCAACUGUUGCAGAUCACUUCGACCACAUAAAGAAAAUUGCAGGUUCAUUUUCAAUAGGAAUUGGCGGUGACUAUGAUGGAGAAUCUCGAUUUCCUACGGGACUGGAAGAUGUUUCAAAAUAUCCAAACUUAAUUGAAGAACUGCUGAGGAGAGGCUGGACCAAGGAAGAACUUCAUGGGGUUCUGAGGGAGAACUUACUUCGUGUUUUCAAAGAAGUAGAAAAUGUAAAGGAGAGCUCGCGCGAGAAGGCAAGUGAAGUUGAAAUCCCACCUGGACAGGUGGAUCAAAGCUGUCGCCUAGAGCUGAGGCCUCCAGCUUCAUCCAGGAACAAUUCCUGCAGACUGAUUCGCCUGGGGCUAUUCGAAAGCCUCGUCUUCGCUCUAGGAAUGUACCUGACGCUACCCUGAUCUUGAUUCUGGCAACGGCGCCAAAGACUGCUUCUUCCAAAGUUAAGAUAGAUACGAAGAACAGCAACACUACUUAUCGCCACUAAGUCUGGGACCGUCAAUGCUUCCUGCUUCAAUUUGCACAAAAGUGACCCAAAGGUGCUUUCUCAAAAGGCAACUGGACUUUCUUGGGUUGUUUUUUUUUCCCCUUGAAAAAGUUUCGCUUCUCAUCCAAGAAGCUUAUUCAGUUCAUGGAUGAGAAGCGAAAGGAAGUCCAGUUGCCUUUUGGAAAAGCACCGAUGGGACAACCAUGACCUGGAUGACUUUAACAGAUUAACAGAGUUUGGAAAGGACCUUAAAAGUAGGUCAUCUAGUCCAACCCCCCACCUAAGCAGGAGACCCUGCACCAUCUCUGACAAAUGGCAAUCCAGUCUGUUCUUGAAACUCUCCAGGGAUGAAGCUCCCACAACUUCCGAAGGCAACUUCUGUUCCAUGGGUUGAUUGUCAGAAAGUUCCUCCUUAUUUCCAGGUUGAAUCUCUCCUUGUUCAGGUUCCAUCCAUUAUUCCUUGUCUGGCCUUCAGGUGCUUUGGAAAAUAGGUUGACCCCCUUCCUCUCUGUGGCAGACCCUCAAAUAUUGGAAGACUGCUAUCCUGUCUCCCCUGGUCCUUCUCUUCACUAGGCUAGCCAUGCCCAGUUCCUGCAACCGUUCUUCAUAUGUUUUAGUCUCCCCUAAUCAUCCUGGUUGAUUCUCAGAUUCUGACUGAGAAUCUCCAUAGACAUUCGCUAAAAGGAUGAGAAGAUUUUGGGGUACCAAAGGAAGACCUGCUUUAACAGAUUCUUAUUUGCCAUUCACACCACCUGGGUACAUGCAUAGUUACAGGCUCAGCUCAGAAUGAAAUCCAGUCACAUUCAAUAACUAAACAGCACAUUCCGGUGAUGUUUAAUUCCUGUUAAAUUCUGUGGGACUUCCUCUAAGUUCUUUCUUCAAGUAAACACGAAUGGGUUAGUACUGUUUUUUUUUUUAAUUUGAUUUAUAUGCCGCCCUUCUCCGGAGACUCAGGGCGGCUUACAGUGCGUUAAGCAAUAGCCUUCAUACUUUUGUAUAUUUAUACAAAGUCAGCUUAUUGCCCCCACAGUCUGGGUCCUCAAUUUACCUACCUUAGAAAGGAUGGAAGGCUGAGUCAACCUUGAGCCUGGCGAGAUUCGAUCUUACUUUAAUUGCAGACAGCUGGUGUUAAAUUACAGUGCUUCUGUCUGUUGAGCUAUCCAGGCUUAUUUCUUAUUCCUUUGGUUAAUCCAUGUGAUGGCAUAGGGAUCUCCCCAUGAAAGAUGGUGCUGUGAAAAAAUUUACAAGUAGUCCUUGACUUACAACAGUUUGUUUAGUUCAAAGUUACGAUAGCCCUGGAAAAAGUGAUUCAUGACCAUUUCCCCCGCAACCGUUACAGCAUCCCCAUGGUCACGUGAUCAAAAUGCUCGGCUACUGACUCACAUUUAUGACAGUUGCAGUGUCCUGGGGUCAUGAUUUGCGACCGUCCUGACAAGCAAAGUCAACGGGGAAGCCAGAUUGACUUAACCACCAUGUUACUAACUUAACAACUGCAGUGAUUCACUUAACAACUAUGUCAAGAAAAAUCGUAGAAUGGGGCAAACCUCACUUAACAAUUGCCUCGCUUAACAACUGAAAAUUUCGGUGCCAUUGUGGUCGUAAGGACUUCCUGUAUUGUAGAUAUGUGAAAUGAAGUACAGCAGUGGCCAAAAUUGUGGAGACCUUUUGGGAAAAGUGUAUUUUUGAGGUUUGAUGGCUAAAAACACCACUUUUUUGUGGGGAGUUUCAAGAUAAUCCUAUUCCACUGCUGGAACGGCCUGAGAAUAGCCCAGACCUUUACCCAAUUGAAAAUCUAUGGAGCUGACUAAAGAAACUUGUGAGUCAGAAGUGGCCCAGCAAUAAAACCCAGUUAAUAGAAGCAAUCCUUCAAUCUUGGUUUCACAUUAUAACAGCUGCAGAACUCAAAGACUUGAUUCACUCCAUGGGAAGACGUUGUAAGGCUGUAAUUCAUGCUAAAGGUUACCCAACGAAGUAUUAACUGAGAUGGUGAUCAUUUUUGUAUAUCUCAUUUUUUCUAUGGUGAUAAUUCUUGUGUAUCUCGUUUUUUCUACGUGUUUCCCUUUUCUUCUUUAUACUGGAACUGCUAUUCUAAUAGUAAAUCCUUCAUAAAAGUUAUUGCAUUACAUUCUUGAUUAAAUUAUCUUUCCACUGAUGUAUAAUUUUAUGGUACUAUUCCCCCCCCCCAAAAGUAGUGUUAUUAGCUAGUUUUAGAAAAUACACUUUUCGCAAAAGGUUUCCACAAUUUUGGCCACUACUGUAUGUUGGAAUCCUGAAAAUGGAGGAAGACAGAUUACAAUACUGAGCAACUCCCCAUUCGCAGUUCCUAAACUAGGUGUCCUCCAGAUCAGGUUUAACACUGAGGUUGUCUGAAGACCUCAAGAAUCUGUCCGAGAUAUUUUUAAGUGCAGUUUUUGUGAAUCAGAUGAUCAAUAGGCCAACAUUUGGAGAUUGCUUGGAUGGAAAACCCAGGAUAAAUUCUUUCUAGUCUUUCUUAUCUCUUAUUUAUAGUUUAAUGUUCUAUCAGUUUUAGAAAGACCAUGCUUUAACAGUUUGCUAUUAGCUGCUUUAUGCAAUCUUAGCAGGUAUUAAAUGCUAACCCUAACCCCUAACCUCUAACCCUAACCCUAAGUGUAUUGCAACCUUAUGUGUCCAAUAAAUAAAUGUCAACUGAGAACUGGAUUAAAAAGUAACGUUUAGGAGAAUUUGAUUUUAUUUGAUUUGAUUUUCUGAAUAGUUUUUAUCCCAGAGCUAUAAUUUAUUUAUUUAUUUAUUUAUUGGUUCAAUUUAUAUGCCGCCCUUCUCCGGAGACUCAGGGCGGCUUACAAUGCGUUAAGCAAUAGCCUUCAUACUUUUGUAUAUAUCUGCUUAGUAGGGCUUUUGGCCUCCCCUAAGCGGUGUUCUUUUUUAUACAAAGUCAGCUUAUUGCCCCCACAAUCCGGGUCCUCAUUUUACCUACCUCGGAAAGAUGGAAGGCUGAGUCAACCUUGAGCCUGGUGAGAUUUGAACUCGCAGUAAUUGCAGGCAGCUGGCAAUAAUUGCACUCAACAAUGAACUAAAGGGCCACCAUCAGUGAGCUGUUGGAAAGCAUUACUUGGUCUGUUGUGUGGAUGUUUGGGUGGUUUAGGGGUGGGGAAUUGUGGUGAUGGGGAGUGUGUUUGGGGAUUGGACCUGGUCUUUGGUGUUAAGUGAAUUUUGUUGUAUGGGUAUACUGUGUAUACACGUACAAUGACAAUAAAGUUAUUAUUAUUAUUAUUUGAUUUAAGGGAAGGAAUACAGGAACAGGUAAACUGAACGCAGGAUGGGAGUGGGCCCUAUGAAACGAGACCUUUUGCCUGACAAUGCAAAUAAGGAACAAUUCAGGUUUCCUAAACCGACAGUAGUACUGUGCUAAAUCCUGGGGAAGAUAUCAUUUUUCUAGAGCUCAUUCAGGCUGCUUAACUAGGACAAAUUAUUUUAUCUACUCGCAUUUGCAUGCUUUCAAACUGCAAGGUGGGCAGGAGCUGGAGCAAGGAACGGGAGCUCAUCCCAUCGCACGAUGCUCCGAUCUCAAACCUCAGCUGACCAGCUCGGCAUCUUUAACCGCUGAGCCAUCGCACCCCCCCAUAAGAUAUAUGCCAACACAAUGAGGGGGUUUGGAGGGGGUUAUUUUGGCCAAUCUGCAGUUGGCAAUAAGCAAAUAUUUAGUUUGUUUAAAAUGGGUCUCAACUGUUGGUUGUCUGCCGAGCGUACCAAUAGCUUUAAGGAUGAUUUUGCAGGAUCUUUCCCAUUCUCAAUUUAUUUUAAUAGAUAAAUAUAUUUUGUAACUUUUUCCAGUUCUUUUGUUUGUUGUCCCCAGAUACUGCCACAACUACAAAGUUGCUCUUUUCGGAUAUUUUUAUACUUGGUGAGUUGUUGCGUUCUACGCAACGAUCUGUUUGUAUACAGGAAUCCCAGGAAAUGUUAACAUCGUUUUCCACAGAUUUAUUUUAGAAACGUACCAUAUUCAGGAAAUGAUAGUUUGAGCACGAAUGCCACUAGAUCAUAGUGGCUAUCCUGUCACGUCAUUGUUUAUAAUCAGCCUGAAUUAAUGUUACAUCUCCUAAUGACAUAAUCCUGGUUUCAUCCUCUUUUACCAAAACAAAAGCAAAAAAAAAUAAAAAUAAAAAUCGGCCUUUGGUGCUAAUGAAUCCUUGAUUUCAUCACAUUGCUUUGCAUUGCUUUUUCUUACGCUGCAAAAAUUAACCCAUCUGUUUCCUUCCUUAUAGCUAUUUUCAAUUCCUGGUCUUGCCCACUUUGUUUUCAAUAUACCGACCACACUAUGCUUUACUUCUCCAAUUCUUUACAAGUUUUUCAAUCUGUCCAUUUUCAUGCUCCUGUUUUAGCUUUUUUUUUUCUUUGCAAACAUCAGUGAUCAUUACCUCUUUGUUUGCCUUGAUGUAAUUAUUUAAGCCGUAUUUUUCUUCUGACUUGCAGUAAACCACAAUCUCUGAUUUUUCAUGCUUUUCGAUUAGAAAUAGAAUAACAGAGUUGGAAGGGACCUUGGAGGUCUUCUAGUCCAACCCCCUGCUUAGGCAGGAAACUCUACACCACUUCAGACAAAUGGUUAUCCAACAUCUUCUUAAAAAUUUCCAGUGUUGGAGCAUUCACAACUUCUUCAGACAAGUUGUUCCACUGAUUAAUUGUUCUAACUGUCAGGAAAUUUCUCCUUAGUUCUAAGUUGCUCCUCUCUUUGAUCAGUUUCCACCCAUUGCUUCUUGUUCUACCCUCAGAUGCUUUGGAGAAUAGCUUGAGUCCCUCUUCUUUGUGGCAGCCCCUGAGAUAUUGGAACACUGCUAUCAUGUUUCCCCUAGUCCUUCUUUCCAUUAAACUAGGCAUACCCAGUUCCUGCAACCAUUCUGCAUAUGUUUUAGUUUCCAAUCCCCUAAUCAUCUUGGUUGCUCUUCUCUGCACUCUUUCUAGAGUCUCAACAUCUUUUUUACAUCGUGGCGACCAAAACUGGAUGCCGUAUUCCAAGUGUGGCCUUAUCAAGGCAUUAUAAAGUGGUAUUAACCCUUCACGUGAUCUUGAUUCUAUCUCUCUGUUUAUGCAGCCUAGAACUGUGUUGGCUUUUUUGGCAGCUGCUCCACACACGGCUGGCUCAUAUUUAAGUGAUUGUCCAUUAGGACUCCAAGUUCCCUCUCAAAUUUACUACUAUUGAGCCAGAUACCACCUAUCCUGUACCUGUGCAUUUGGUUUUUCUUCCCUAAAUGUAGAACCUUACUUUUUCAAACACAGGUAGAUGUUUAAAUGGAGCUUUGUGCAUAAGUGCGAGUGCCCACUGCUUGUAGAAGAGGAGCUGCAUGAGUGGGCUUGCCCCCUGCUUCUGCGGCAUGGUUCCGAAUGGGCUGCAGCCCACUAGCAGGCUGUGGUGUUGGGGACCCCUGCUCUAGGCUGAUUCCUCUUUUGACUCCACUCCCAGGUUCUGCUAUUCCAUUUCCUGCAGGCAGGGGCCAAUGGAAUGGACAGAAGUGUAAUAUAUGUCAAGAAAAGAAAGAGUUGUGGUGGCAUAGUGUUAGAAUGCAGUAUUGCAGGCUAAUUCUUCUGACUGCCAGUUCAUUUCUCACCAGCUCAAGGUUGACUCAGCCUUGCAUCCUUCCGAGGUUGGGAAAAUGAGGACCCA